AAAGAGAAACUUUCAAAGACUAUAAAUUUGAUAAAGUCUUUGUUCCUUCUGCAACACAAAAAGAAAUAUAUACUAAUGUUGCUCCCAUAGUUCAAUCUGUUGUUGAUGGUUUUAAUGGUUGUAUUUUCGCAUAUGGUCAAACUUGUUCUGGUAAAACUUAUACUAUGCAAGGCCCAGAAGAUCCAACUAUUUAUAAUGAAGGCAUGAUUCCACGUGCUGUUCGUCAAAUAUUUGAUCAUGUUAAUGAAUUAAAGGCUCAAGGUUGGGAAUAUGAAAUAGAAGGUCAAUUUAUCGAGAUUUACAAUGAUAAUAUCCGUGAUUUACUCUCGGAUGAUCCUUCAAAUAAUCGUGGUCUCAAAUUCAGAACUAUUCAUGAUGAACAAACUGGUACAACUAUGGUCAAUAAGGCAAAGACUGUAAAUCUCGAUUCUGUUGCUACUCUUAAUUGGGUUUUGCAAAUGGCUGCCAAAAACAGGGCUGUCGCAUCAACAAAAUCUAAUCCUAAUUCUUCUCGGAGUCAUAGUAUUUUCAUGAUUCGAUUAAUGGGCACAAAUACAAUUACCGGUGAACAUCGAAUUGGAACUUUGAACUUAGUUGAUCUGGCUGGUUCAGAAA